AUCUUGCUUCUUUCUUCAACGUCUUUCGACUCUGACGAAGAUUAGCCUUUCGGACAAGAGCUUCUAGGUCGUGCUAUGAUUAACUCUCUCAUGAUGUCUGGGUCGCUGGCGCCUAUCCCGUCCACUCGCAUCGAACCCAGCUGCGCCGAGACCCAUCACCUCGUCACUAUUCUGGGACCCCGGCGCUUGCAGACCAGUGGCCCUGCAGCAGAAGCAGAAGAGGUAUUUUAGGCAGCAUCCAGCGCUUACGCUGUAUGAGCUCUUGAUUGGCCUUAUCUAAUUCAGUAUGCGGAUCUCAAAGGAGGGCAUCCUUUGUCUGUAUCUCGUUGUUUAAUCUUCCUCCAAGCCCAUCAAUGGAAUCACCUCUCAUCGAUGCUCCGUCUUUGUCAAUUCAUCUUCUUGCUAUAGCUGCCUUAACCUGACAUCGACCAGCCUUCUGUUCUUCUUCCUUUCAAGGACGACUACCCUGCAACUUGCGCCCGCGAGGAGCUAUUAACAUAGCCAGUAUGGCGAGAGCAACUUUCGCUGAUCUAGUAUAUGGGAAACCUCCAUUACUGUUCCUCGUAUCAGUAAUAUCUGCAAUGAUCACGCCGAACCAUGCCUUCCAUUUGGCACUACGGGAUUUAGACAGAUGUCCAAGUUCAUACCAGAAAUGUGGAGCUGCUGGGCUGCCAGGCUCAUUUUGCUGUCCUUCUUCCUCAACCUGCAUUAGCCUAGACAAUGCAAGCUCGGCCAUAUGUUGCCCUAAGGGUCAAACGUGCACAUACAUUGAACCCAUCAAUUGCGACGUACAGCUGCAAAAUGCUACCCUUCACCCAACAAACCCGGUCAAGACCAUCAGACUCGAUGAUCGGCUGCCCAAGUGUGGCAAUUCAUGCUGUCCGUUCGGAUAUAAAUGCAAAGGAAACAAGCUGUGUGAGAUGGACAACAAGAUCUCCUCCACUACAGCCCUCGGUGAGAAUCCUACAUCGACAACCACUGGGACAUCGUCAAUAGUUUCAGUGUCAUCCACGGUAUCAGAUGUUUUACCCACAACUGAUCAAUUGAAGCCAACAACACUAUCGCCCUCUGAUGCGAAUUCAGCUUCCAACUCCCCCAUGACCGAAGCGAAUUCGACCUCAACUUCGGUUCCAGCAGCAUGUCCUUCAUUUCCAACUCAAGCCAUUAUAGCCGGCUUUUUCCCGGGGGCUAUCUUUGGAGCCGUACUUGCCUCGGCGGCAAUGUUCUGCUGGAGAAGACGUCGAAAUGGGCGCAAUAACGCUCACGGGAAGCGUCCUUGUCAUGAUAGCGCAUACAACAAUACACCAUUCAGCAUAUCUCAUCCCAUUCCAUCCGAAGAGAGCUCCUACCGUACUGACUUCCUCCUUGGUCGCUCCCGCCGGAGCUCCUCACGCUCAGUGCUCCACCGCACAGGAACUAGGGUCAAGAGUCUAUUCGGCCCGACCCCCAAAACCGCCGUCCAUGACAUGGAUAAUAUACCCAAGGUACCCGUUACUCCACCGCCGCAGGUCAAACGGCAACUCAGUACCGAGAGUAUCAGGGUAUACACUCCUCCAGGUGGGCUUCCGGGCACAGGGUCGCAGAAACGAGGGCAUUACAUUUCGAUUGAACCGGACAAGGGUUUUGUGGAGAUGUUUGAUCGGGUCGGAUUCAUGAAUAAAAAAGGUGAUCCAUGCUUCAAGGUAGCCGAGUCUCCUGAAGCAAGUAGAACCAACCUACCAACGACACGGAAUGUAUAAUAAUCAGGUUUCUUUUGCUUAUCAUUUUGCUUUUCUCGUGUAUGACUUCUCUUAGCAAAUAAAUAAGGCGCACCGGUGUCUGAAGUUAUUUUCUAUCUGAACGCUUUGGCUUACUCUGACAUUUUGGCCUGCUUCGUUAUAAUUCCGCUGUACUUGA